UUAUGUGUCACUUUGGUGUCAUUUGCAAUUAUACGAAUCUGUACAUGUACAUUUUGCAAAACUCUUUAAUGCAAAAAUGUGCGAUAUAAAUGAUAUUCCAAUUAAAUUAAGUGUUAAAUGGAAUGGAAAGGAAUUUGAUAUACCGGAGCUGUCGCCAUCGGAUUCCGUAGCAAUGCUAAAGAUUGCAAUCGAAAAUGCCACGGGUGUUCGACCGGAAAGACAAAAACUACUCAAUGUUAAGUUUGAAGGUAAAGUUGCUAAAGACAACUGUACUUUAGCAGACUUAAAUCUGAAGCCAAACUUGAAGAUAAUGAUGAUGGGUUCUCUGGAGCAAGCUAUAGAAGGUGCUCGGACUAAGCCCGAUGUCGGAGAUGAUGUUGUCAAUGAUCUGGAUAUUGAGGAAGAAGAAGUUGAUGUUGAAAACCAAGAGAUAUAUUUAGCUAAAAUAAACAAGAGAGUUCGUGAUUAUAAGAUUAAUAUAUUGAAUGAACCAAGGCCUGGGAAAAAAUUACUAGUUCUUGAUAUUGACUACACAUUGUUUGACCAUAGAUCUGUUGCUGAAACCGGCUAUGAGCUGAUGAGACCUUUCCUACAUGAAUUCCUUACAUCAGCUUAUGAGGACUAUGACAUAGUGAUAUGGUCUGCAACUGGUAUGAAGUGGAUAGAAGAGAAGAUGAGACUGCUUGGAGUGUCCACUCAUCAGGAUUACAAGAUUAUGUUCUAUUUGGAUUAUUUAGCAAUGAUAACAGUACAUACAACGAAAUAUGGUACUAUUGAUGUGAAACCAUUAGGUGUAAUCUGGGGUAAAUACCCUCAAUAUAGUCCAAAGAAUACAAUAAUGUUUGAUGACAUCCGAAGAAACUUCAUCAUGAAUCCGAAAAGCGGUCUUAAAAUCAGACCAUUCAGACAAGCCCAUCUAAACAGAGACAGAGAUAGAGAAUUACUCCAUUUAUCCACAUAUCUGAGAGAGAUAGCGCAAUACUGUGAUGACUUCGACCAGUUGAAUCAUAAGAAAUGGGAAAAAUACAAGCCUGAUAGGAAUAGGACUCAACUUGCGGGUAGUAAGAGAAAAGCUGAAGAUAGCGCUCCGAGUACGCCGAGAGAAUGACGGUAUUUCACAAACUGACGGGCAAGUCAAACUCGAAUCGCCUUAUCGCUUAGAAGACUGCAAUAUUUUUACAAUUAUAGAUAAUGAGAGCCGUUCGCAAUAAUUAUCUUAAAAAUAUAUUUAGUUUGCGACUCGUUUAAUAAUUACAAAGUUUAUUGAAGUAGCAGAUCUUAAAUAUGCAUUUAAUAGGCUUUUCUGAUGAACAAGGAAAUAUUAAUACACCAAAAUUUCGUCUUCCUUAUAGACUUCCCAGGAUGGCUUUUUUAAUGCUUUUUCUCUAAAAUUAAAUGAAAAAAUUCGAGAACGCAAAAAACAAGUUCAUUUUAGAUACCCUAUUAAAUUGAAGAUAAACUAAAUGUAAUAAAAUUAAAUCUUACAUAAAAAAAGCUUGCUUAAAGCCAUAGAUAAUUUGGAGUUAAAAAAGGGUUUUCAAAUACCUCUUGUUAAGGAAAUUCCCUUAAGAACACUAUAUAAUAAAAAUGUCAUUUAAAAAUCGAUGCUCUUAGUCGUCAAAGUUGUAUUAAAUAAUUAUAUUAAAUUAAACCAUCUUUUCCAUUUUUAAUAGCUUAAUUAAUUAGUUUUAAGUAUUUUUCACCAGUAAUAUAGUCAAUAAACUGCACCUUUGAAUAAAGCAAUGUGAAAUAAAUAUGACAUUGUAUCGUAAUCCUUAGUUUUACUGUUUUUCA